UGCUAUUUGCGGCAGCGGAGAGACCUCUGCGAAAUGCCUUUUGUAUUCCCGGGUGUUUUUUUUGGUUUAGUUUUGUGUUUCGCGAGGGUCAGAUCACAGCGUUUGUAGCCAUGCUCUGUGGUGGAUUCAGCGGGCUGUCCUAGCUGACUGAGCCGCUCCAGCAGCGGUGGGUCCGGUGCAGUGCACAGCCGGGGAUGAGGCCUACUUGUUAAAGCUCCCCCACCACCCCUCCAUCGUGAUGGCUGAUGAUCAACAACAACCUGGUCAGAAGCCUGCCUCGGGAUUAGGCUCUCUUCCAGCGCUGGUGCCAGGACUCCAGGGGCCCGAGGCUAACGCGUUACAGUUCAAAAUAAAGAAUUCAAUUUGCAAAUCUGUACAAUCAAAAGUGGACAGCAUAUUGCAAGAUGUUGAGAAGUUUACAGACAUCGAAAAACUCUACCUCUACCUGAAGUUGCCUUCUGGUCCCAGCAGUGGCAAUGACAAAAGGACUGAGAAUGAGAGGGGGUCCUCCACUCCUGGAUUAUGUGAUCAGAGUUCCAUGUCGUCAAGCCGUACUCAACAGAUGUAUGCAUUCAACUGGAUACGAAAUCACCUAGAAGAGCACCCAGAGACUUCCCUCCCAAAGCAAGAGGUGUAUGAUGAAUACAAGAGCUAUUGUGACAAUCUCGGCUACAAUCCACUGAGUGCAGCAGACUUUGGAAAGAUCAUGAAGAAUGUCUUUCCUAACAUGAAGGCACGUCGACUGGGUAUGAGGGGCAAAUCCAAAUACUGUUAUAGCGGGUUAAGGAAGAAAGCUUUUGUUCACAUGCCAUCCUUACCCAACCUGGACUUGCAGAAAUCAGGUGAUGGGUGUGAACUGAUGGAGUCGUCAGGCCAGUCUCCGAGCGCCGAGGAUGAAAUGAGAUCCGCAGCCUGUGGACUGGUGUGUGAGUGGGCCCAAAAGGUCCUGAGUCGUCAGUUUGACAAUGUGGAGGACCUGGCCCGCUUCCUGCUCAAUAGCCACUACAUUGGUACUAAGUCCAUGGCUGCACUCACUGUUAUGACCGGAACACCCACAGGAAUGAAGACGCCAACUCCAGCGUCUGCGUUUGUGCCAACAGCUGAGGCUAACUCUUUCCAGCCCCAGGUGAAGACCCUGCCCUCUCCCUCUGUUGAUGCAAAGCAGCAACUGCAGCGCAAAAUCCAGAAGAAGCAACAGGAGCAGAAGCUCCACUCACCCCUGCCCACUGAAGCCCAGGUCAAGAGGACCGAGGCCAGUACCCCCGGCCCCACCAUCCCCUGUGGCAGCCCAGCUCUGCUCUCCCCUCAGCCCACCAUAGGCAUCGUGGUAGCAGCUGUCCCCAGCCCAGUCACGGUACAGAGAGGCAGGCAGUUGAUGACCUCACCCAGUCCUGUUGGGACAACAGACGGGAAGGUGUUGCCUGUGAACUUCCAAAUGGUCACUCAGUCUCUUAAACAGUCCCCCAAACAUCCCCAGAACAUCUCAGCUAGUCCUGUGGGUGACCGGCUGGCACGACACGGGACACGGUACGCACAAAUUCUGCCCAAGCCCUCUGCCACCAGUGCCAUCACGCUGCGCUCACCCCCCACCCUGCUCAUCACCAACAGCCCCAUAAAAACUGUGAUGCCCACUCCCCACGUCAGCUCGGUCAACGUGGUGAAGAUGACGGCCAUUGCUCUGGCUCCCAGCAGCAGCAGCACAACCGUGCGUCCUGCAUCGGCGGGUGUGAACACCAUAGCUGCUUUAGAUGAUUCUCAGCAGCAACCAGGCGGGAGCUUGGCUGCCUCUCAGUCUCCUGCAAUCAGACCCAGUGCCCUAAUCUCCACCCCAAACCCCUCCACUGACUCCAAAGUGGUGUCUGAAGCUGGAAAUGACAAUAAUCUCGCCUCUGGCACAGAUAGAACUGCUGCUGGGGUGAAAGAGGAGAGAAUGGCAAAGUUCAGGGCUGCCAGUGAGCCAAGCUUCCUGAUUAAGUGUUCUCCGGGACCGGACAAAGGGAUAAGGAUAAAAAAUGACCCCACAUCCCCUCCCAUGUCGGUAACUGCAGCUGGGACUCAGGACAGCAAUAACAGUAACUGCCAUGACAGUACUUUGUACUUGACUGUUGAUAAUCAGAACUCCAAUGGCAACACGUCAUCCAAUGGCUCCUCCGCUGUUACCCCAACAUCGAAGGAUCCCUGCCUCGAUGCCAAGAGCCCCAGGAAGCGCACAGGCCCAGGCGGGGACUCCCAUGUGAUUCCUGUGAAGAGGGUGUUUAUCUCCCAGCAGCCACUGACUCUAAUUGACAAUCCCAAACCUGGAGUCAGUGCUGCACUGAAGAGGAUCCCCAGACUGGGAACACCUGCCAGAUCGGAGAGCGCCCCCUGCAAAGUGACUGUGAAACACACCCCCAUAGGGCCCACACAGAUCCUUGCACUCUCCGACUCACCCAUCACACAUACCGAGGGCACCCAGACUGUUGUCAAACCCCAGGCCUUGGUGGUGAAACGCGAAGACCAUCCUCUCAGCACUGAUACCAGCACUGGAGCAGUUGGUAACAACACAUCAGAUCAGGCAUUGCUACGUGAGAUCACCGGGGACCCUCAUGCCAUACCAGCCAACUCAGGAGCACACGAAGCCUCUGUGAUGAGUGACUUAAAGAGCACAAUAUGGGAGGAGGGGCAGCUUGAUGAGCUUCGGAAGCAGGCGUUUGCGCAGCAGAUACCAGAACACAAACAAGCCCCCACUGACCAACUUUCCAUUAUAGCUCAACCCUCCGAGGCCUCGGGCCAGCUCACCCUCACGCAGGAGAUGGUUGACUUUGCAGGUUCUCAGCCGAGCAUGGACUACUUCCCGUUCAAUGAUGAUGACAUGACCCAGGACAGCAUCGUGGAGGAGCUUGUCCAAAUGGAGGAGCAGAUGAAGCUGAAGGGUCUGUUUGGUAGCUGUGUCGAUGUGUCUUUACAAGGCCAGUCAGCCAGCGGUCAGGGCUCUAUCCUUAAUGCUCACCAGGCCGGCACUACCUUCUUCCACUCUGCCCACAGCAGUACCACUCCUGUCCAAACUCCCACUCCAACGCCAACUCCAACUCCAACACCCACCCCCACCUCCGAAAUGACGCUUGGGCACAGCCUGACGAGAGAGAGUCCCUGCUCCCGCAUGGCUCCCAUCACCCCUGUGGAUGGAGCCAUGGGUCGCCACACCCCCAUCAGCACACCACUGUCCAACUGCAGUAGCAGCGUGCCCCCAAGCCCAGUGGAGUGCAGGAACCCUUUUGCGUUCACUCCUAUUAACUCAAGUAUCACAGGUUAUCAUGACGCCAGUAUUGUCUCCAGCAGCCCUGUUAAGCCCAUGCAGAGGCCGAUGGCAACACACCCUGACAAGGCCAAACUGGAGUGGAUCAACAACCGCUACAACAGCAACUCUGCAGGUCCUUUGCCCAACCACAGCAUCGGCAUUCUGCCCAGCUACCAAGACCUGGUAGAUGACCAGUUUCGUAAACCACAUGCCUUUGCAAUUCCCGGUCAGUCAUUUCAAGCUCAAUCGAGACAGGAUGGAGCUCACUUUGGCCGUUUGACUCCCAUUUCCCCGGUGCAGCAGCAGCAGCAACAGCAGCUAGUAACAGGUGUAACUACUCCCACUAAACAGGAGAGUUUUGCUGUGCCUGCACCGUUAGACAGCAAGGCAUCAACCUCAUCUGCGUCCAGUACUUUCCGUUGCCGCAGUGUCAGUCCUGCAGUGCGCCAGAGAAACUUCAGUGGCAACACCGGCCCUCCAGCCGUCUCUACCACCAAUGCCACCACCACAACCCGAACCGUUGUUUCACCCUUUAACUCCCCCAUCACCUCUGAGGUGCUCAGCAUCCUGUCCAACAGCCAGACGGUCGGCUCUGUCCACAGCAUGGUGCAACGUAGCCAAUCUGUACCCCUGAACAUCAUGAUGCAGAGUGAGAUGCUGCCUGUGCAGGGUCAGAGUAACACCGCCAAAAUCACCAAUGUUCUUCUGAGCAAGAUGGAGGCUGAUGGGGAUGAUUCUGUCCGUGGCCUGGGUAUAAACAACCUCCCCUCCAACUACACGGCCCGUAUGAACCUCACACAGAUCCUGGAGACCACUCCCGGCUUCUCUGGAGGAACUUCUCACCAGACUCAGCUGCCUGUUAGCUCCAGCCCUGCUGCCUUUGAGCUCCAGCAGCAUGGCUACCUCACCACUGGCAGUGGAGAACAGGUGAGUUUCUCCACUGGGGACAGCCAAGCACAAGCAGGUCCUGGUGAGCAAGACCAGCAGCAGCAGCAGCAGCAGCUCCAGGAGAAUCCUGUGCAGACACAACCACAGCUCCUCCUCCAGAGCACACAGCAGCAGGAGGUGGAGGAUGAGCAACAACAGCUGGAUUUCAACAACACUGUCAAGGACUUGUUGGGGGAUGAUGGCCUCAACCCCAGUUCCCAGUUGGUGGGUCAGGUAGCUUCGGAGCUCAACGCUGUGGCGUCUGACUUCUCAAACGACAUCAGACUGACCUCAGAUCUGUCCAGUAGCAUCACUGACCUUAACACGUUGGACACCAACCUGCUGUUUGAUCCUAAUCAGCAGCAGGAACAAUAUGAAGACUCAACACUGGAAGAACUGAAGAAUGACCCGCUUUUUCAGCAGAUAUGCAGUGAUACUGUGAACUCUGGUUUUGACUGGCUAGAAAGCAAAGACCAGCCUACUACAGUAGAGAUGCUGGGCUGAUGUUAUCUUUUACUCUGUAUGAUUUCUGUUCUCUGUUGUUUGUUUGGUGCGUAUGUAGUUUAUCUGUUUUCAAACUAUAGUUUGUUGGGAUUUGUCUGGACUUUGCCAUUCGUUCUGUUAAAAGUGCCAGGCUUACCAGAAAAUCUCUCCUACUGACAUUUAGUUACUUCUCUCCUUUUCAUUUGUCACCUCGAGUUUCAGUGCUUCACCACUUUUUCUCCCUCAUCUGAAAUUAGAAAUGUAAGCAUUUCAAGUAAAAAAGUGUGAGUACUUGGUGGCAGCAUGCACUUACAAAGAGCAGGUUUGUACGGUAUGAACAUUAAGAGAAACAUAAUCUUCCAUGUUAUAACCAAUCAAUAAUGCAAUAUUUGUAUUUAACCGACACGCAGUGAAAGAAAGUGAUGGGUCUGAAAUUUGGCACAAAAGACCAAAAACAGUAUGCUAUUGUAUACUAUUUUCAGUGUGUGCAGUUCAAGUUCAACCAAAUGGAGACAAUAUUGGGAUUGUAGUAUAUGCACAUAAUAGUUGUAGUACAUUUGCCUGCCAUAUCUGAAUAUUAAAAAAGGGUAGCAUCUUAUGCUGCCAGGUGCUGAAUUUAUGACAUAAUCUUUAUACUUUAUCAUAUACCAAAUCAGUGGAACACUGAUUCACAUCUGAGCAUUGUCCAAGAGUGAAAUUUUCUUAAAGCCUAUACUUCUUGUACUGUUUAAUAUCUUAUAAAGGGAGUAGAUUAAUCAGUAGGGAGAAGACGGGAAUUCAGGCCACUUUGUGGACUAUACAUCGAAAGGAAUCAACAACUGGCUGCCUUAUUCCCAAAGUCCAAGGCCUUAUGCCAUCUGUAGAGAGACUGUAUAUAGUAUAAUGUUAAGAAACUUCGGAACCAUCCAGAGCUUCAUCAUAUCAAGGCAGCUGUUACUCUGAUAUUUUCAGUACUAUUUCUUAUUGUUUUUGUUUUGCAGUGUUACAAUAUAGAUGCGUAUUGUAUAGGCUAACGACUACACUGUGUGUGCCCUUAUCAGUAAUGGAUUUAGAGGAAUUUGAUAUGCUGUCCAUAAACCAUGGCAGGCACACUUUCAGUCAUGAGAUUUUUUUUUUUUUUUUGGCAUGCUAUACUCCCAGCUUGGAUAAGAAUAUCAAUGGUAUGGAGAAGGCUUAGUUACAUAGAAAGCUAGAGGCUGACAUUUAUGUUUUGAUGUCAUCUUGGGAUCAAGAAGAAAAGAAAUUAUGUUUGUGGAGAAUCCAGCCUUAUUUCCAUACCAAAGAUGAUCUGUUUGAAUAACAUAAGAGAUUAUUACACAUAGAGACACUCCUAGUAAACAUUAACAACAACGAGAAACGGGCAGCCUCGGAGAUAUAAAAGAGUUUUAUUGCAUUUGAGGAAAAAAGGUUAAGUUGCGUAAAUCUUAUGUACAGUAUGUAAAUUUGUGAAAUGGUCACUGUCCUAUGUUUCAUAGGUAACCAUGGACCUGAAAGCAUGUUGAAACCAUCACUGCUAGCCAGGUAGGCUCUGUGAUUCAGUAGGAUGCUUGCUUGAGUUUUUGGCUAUUGUCAAUGUUGUAUAAGUCAUGUUUAAGCUCCAUUUGUAAAUAGGAUAGAUACAUAGAGAUUUGAUGUAUCAAGACACUAUAUUAUGGCCAUUAUUCUAGCUAAGUAUGUGCCAUUUAAAAGAGAAAAAAAAGCUUAACAGAUCUAUAGUCGGCAAGAUACUGUAUGUUGUGUGUUACAUUUCUGGCUCAAUGUGUCGUAAAAGUAAUGCUGUCUGGUCUCGCUUGCUGAUUUUCUUUUACUUUUUUUCUAUUCAAAGAUAAUAGGUCUCUGCAGUUGCGGAAGUGAUGUGUGCUUUGAGCAGGAUCAAUAGCAUGGUAUAUUGAGAAAAAAAGUUGUGAUACUGUUAGCUGGUUGCAAAUAUCUCUGUGACAGACAUUGUGCUCAAAGCCUUUCAGCAGACACUGGAAAAAAAACAAACGAUUACUCAUGUUUCAACAAACUUUGGAGGUUCACAUUAUUGCACUAAAUUUUUAUGACACAUGGCUUUGCCACAUCUUUAUGGACAAAUGUAAUGAUGGAUGCCCACAAAAAAAAGACAAAAAAUAUUUUUUAUGACAAGAUGAGUAGGGAAAUUAAUGUCAGAAAAUGACUAAUUGUCUUGUAGCAAAAUGUGCAUUAAUCUCAGUGAGAUACACAUUUCUUACUCAUUCUCAUACAUGAGAAUAUAAAGCAUUGAGGGGAAAAAAAAGUUAAACAACCUUUUGAAACCUACAUGCUCAUUAUGUUGAUAAAUGAUUGUACGCACGCAUGUGUGAUGACUUCUGUUGUACUUUGUAUUCUUGGUAACCACUGUCUUCUGUGAUUUGGGCAGGUUCUGUUAACCAGACUGGCAGUGCUAGUUUCAUGAGUUACUUUUGUUAUGUGCUGUUUACUAAGUUAAUGUUGUUCUAAAUGUUAUGUUGAUGACUGUUUUCUGUUGAUUUUACAUAUUCUUAUUUUGCAAAAAUGCAUUUGUGAAGAAAUUUAACAUUUUCUCGUAAUUCUUUUUCUUUAACAAUAAGGCACUGAUAUUUGAAUUUGAAUGAAGGAAAUGCACCUCUUUAUGAGUACAGGAGCUCCAUCAAGCAGUGACUCUGAUUCUUUACCUUUGACUGACCCAGAACCAACUCUGUUUGACUAUCUUGUCCAUUUCUACCAGUAGAAAAAAACCCUCCUCUGUGGUGUUGUCUGGUGUACUGCUUAAUGUACAGUAGCUUGUUAAUAUUGCAAACGCGUUGUUUCUUUUUUCAAUGGAAAGUACUCACUGGUGAGAUUUUUAAAGUGGUUUUAAAAGCCAAUAAACUUUUUUAAAGAAUGUUCUUGUGUGUUUAUGUGCUGAUGAUUUUGUAUUUUACUGCAGUAAAUAAAAACAUGCUUCAAGCAUGAGAGAAAGUAA